AUGUCCCGCUCACUCCUCCGCUCCGUCCUGGAGCUGCGGACCCCCAUCACCCGCCUGCCGCCCUCGUUCCUGCUGCCCAUCCAGGCCCGCCGCUCGCUGUCGAGCACCACCACCAGCCAGACCCCGUCGUCGAUACCCGCGACCCCCCUCGACAACAUCGCCAAGCCGGCACCGGCCGCAACGGCGACGGCGACGACGACGCCCGCCGGAGAGCCGGUCGCAGCCUCCUCUGCCGCCGCCGCCGCCGCCGCCCUCUACCCCAAGCAGCCCCAGACGCUGACGACGCUCUCGCCCGAGUCGGCGCAGAGCAUAGCGCAGCUGCUGCCGCUGCUGCGGGCGCAGCCGGCGCACUACAUCACGGCGCACAUCUGGGGGCGGCCGUACCUGGUGACGGCGGGGGACCAGAUCCGGCUGCCGUUCCGGAUGCCGGGGGCGGUGCCGGGCGACGUGCUGCGGCUGGACCGGGCGUCGGCGCUGGGGUCGCGCGACUACACGCUGCGCGGCGCGCCCUACGUCGACGAGCGCCUGUUCGAGUGCCGCGCCGUCGUCACCGGCGUCGAGACCGAGCCCCUGCGCGUCAAGGUCAAGACCAAGCGCCGCCAGCGCCGCAACAAGACGGUCAAGAGCAAGCACCGCUACACCAUCCUCCGCAUCAACGAGCUCGUCAUCAAGGGCCCCGAGGCCAUCGGCCUGUGA